UGGCGACAGGGAGACAGUAUGGGAGAUCCCCCCUAGAUAUCGCCAACGUGAUGCAGAAAUUGCAAGAUGAGCAGGAAGCUGUACAGAAGAGAACUUUCACAAAAUGGAUCAAUUCUCACUUGGCCAAGCGCAAUCCUCCAAUUAUAGUCAAUGAUCUCUUUGAAGAUAUCAAGGAUGGUGUAAUGCUACUUGCCCUCUUGGAAGUUCUCUCGGGACAGAAUCUGCCUUGUGAACAGGGGCGUAAGUCAAAACGCAUCCACUGGGUGAGCAACAUUGGAACAGCUUUGAAAUUUCUGGAGGGCAGACGGAUUAAACUGGUCAACAUCAAUUCCACUGACAUCGUUGAUGGGAGGCCAUCGAUUGUGCUGGGUUUGAUCUGGACCAUCAUCUUGUACUUCCAGAUCGAGGAGCUGACCAGUAAUCUGUCGCUGCUGUCAUCGCUUUCCGGCAGCACCUCCUCUGUGGACAGUGCUGCCAACUCCGAGACUGGGAGCCCCCCGUCCAAGAGGAAGGUCAUCACCAAAUUCAAGGGCAGUGCCAAGAAGGCUCUCCUGAAAUGGGUGCAUUACACUGUGGGAAAGCGAAUUGGUAUCGAGGUGAAGGAUUUUGGGCAGAGCUGGAGGAGUGGAUUCGCCUUUCAUUCCGUCAUUCACGCUAUCCGCCCGGAUCUGACAGACUUGGAGAAGGUCCGGAGCCGGUCGAACCGGGAAAACUUGGAAAGUGCUUUCUCCAUCGCUGAAAAUCACCUGGGAAUUCCGAGGAUCCUGGAUCCUGAAGAUGUGGAUGUUGACAAACCCGACGAGAAGUCAAUCAUGACCUACGUGGCUCAGUUCCUGAAACAUUAUCCAAAUCCACGCGAGACGGAGAAUGAACCUCUUGAGGAAGAGCGAGAAGACAGACUGAUGCUGAGGGAGGCGAGAGCGUGGCUUGAGCAGUUUGAAAGAGAUAUCACGAGGAUGCAAGUGGCCGAGGCUGGGUUCCAGGAACGAUAUGAGUUGUUCAAGAGCUUUCGAGGCCAGUACGAGGUUAAAAAGAAGCACGUGGAGGUUUUAAUUCAGCCCUCGCAGAAAGAUGGGAAACUGUCGCUGGAUCAAGUCACGGUUAAGCAAGUCUGGGAGAGAGUGUCGGCCAGGCUUCUGGAUUGGCACAUCAUGCUGGACAAGUCACUGCCCUCGCCCCUGGGCACCAUUGGAGCCUGGCUGCACAGAGUGGAGACUAUUCUCGGGGAAGAGAUUGUCAUCCAGCAGGCCCACGAUGAGACGGCCAACAUCAUCCACAGGAAACUGGAGCAACAUAAGGAUGUGAUAAAGGCGUUAGAAGGUCACAAACAAAUCUUCCACCAGAUCCACAGGGCAAGAUCUGUGAAUGGGGUCCCAAUCCCAGCAGACCAGCUGGAGGAUAUCGCAGAGCGGUUCGACUUCAUUACGACCGCCUCCAAGCUCCAUUUAACGCGACUGGACUUUCUGGAGUUGAAGUAUCGCCUCCUGGCCUUCUUGGUGCUGGCUGAAACCAAACUCAAAUCGUGGAUCAUCAAAUACGGCAGGAAGGAAUCCGUGCAGCAUCUCCUCCAAAAUUACAUUUCAUUUGUGGAAGGCAACAAGUUCUUUGGACACUAUGAGGUCACCUUCCAGUCUCUGAAGCACGCGGCCGAUGCUUACCUCAAAGUCGAAAACUCAGCCGAAGAGAGAGAGACCGUCACCAAGUUCCUGAGCGACUCGACGGUGCAGUGGCGCAAUCUGUCAGUGGAGGUGCGCAGUGUGAGGAGCAUGCUGGAGGAGGUGGUCACCAACUGGGACAAGUACAGCAGCACAGUGGCGACUCUCCAGGCCUGGCUGGAGGACGGCGAGAAAAUGCUGAAUCAGCCAGAACUCGUCAAGAAGGACUUCUUCCGACACCUCCCUCACUGGAUCCAACAGCACUCCGUGAUGAAUGAUGCUGGGAAUUUCCUCAUCGAGACAUGCGACGAAUCAGUCUCUCGAGAUCUCAAACAGCAGCUGCUCUUACUGAACGGGCGUUGGAGGGAGCUCUUCGUCAAAGUGAAACAUUACGCCCGGGCAGAUGAGGUGGACAAGCUGAAGAAAGAGUAUCUGGACGGAGUAUCAGCUCUGAAGAGUUUCGUGGAGACAGCGAACGAGAAACAGAACUCACCAGUUGAUGUGUCUUUUCUCAAUAUCAAGACUUACGUGCAAGAUAUGGAGGUUAUUAAACAAAAGGUGCCAAUAAUGGAAGCUCAGUAUAAACUGGUUUCCAAGACAGCUCAGCAGUUAACAAAGGACACUCCGCAGGAUGAAGUAACACAGAUGCUGUCCAUGAUGUCCACCAUUAAGGAUCAGCUGAUAAAAGUUCGGGAACGCUGUCAGUGUUUGCUCCUGGAAGCACAGCAGUUGCUGAGUCCCCUGGAUGAGCUGGAGAAGGAGAUCACGGCUUUCUUUGAGUCGUUGAAUCAUGCCCAUCAAAUUACUUCCCCGGGGGAAGCCGAGGGUCACUCCGUCGCCAGUUUCAAGGCGAGACACCAGGAAUUGGCAGAUUGCCAGGAGGAUUGCAAACAAGCAGCGAUUGCGGCAGAGCGGAACAUGCAGGCAGUUCAGAGCCUGCUGAGUGACAGCAAAGUCCUGAGGCAUUUGGAUUUCUCCAUUCUCCAGAAGAAAAUCCUCCAUAUUCAGGCAGCAUUCCAGGAGCUGGUGAAGCAGGGAGCGGAGUGGAGGACGCGUAUGGAAACAAACAGUAAUCUGCUGAAGAGAUUCGAAGACUGCAGGAAGGAGCUGGAAAUGGUCCUGCAAUCGACCCAGACAGCCAUGGCGGAAGAGGGGAACCCCGAUCGGCUUUUGGCAAGGCACACGGAGUUCUUUGGCCAGCUAGAUCAGAGAACAUUGAAUGCUUUUCUGAAGGCCUGCGAUGAGCUGACUGACAUUCUCCCUGAACAGGAGCAGCAAGGCCUGCAGGAUACUGUCCGCAGUCUGCACAAGCAGUGGAAGGACCUUCAGGCUGAAGCCCCCUACCAUUUGCUCCGCCUCCAGAUUGAAGCAGCCCGAAAUAAGCUGGUGGAGAUGAUGGAGGAAUGUAGAUUACAACUGGAAAAGGAGAACGAGCUCCUAACCAGCACCAACAGUGAAGAGCUUAUUGUACAACACAAGGAGUUUUUCUCCGAGACUGGGAAGUUCGAGUGGUGCAGGAAGCGGGGCAAGGUGAUCGGAGACCUCUGUCAGAAGCUGCCGGAAUCUCGGAAGUACGAGGGGAUCAGGACAAAACAUGAAAUGGACAAAAAGACGCUGAGGGAAUUGCAAGGUCUUAUUGAUGCCACCUACCAGAAAAUAUUGGAUCAGCCCGACAAAUGGAAGGAGUACAGGACGAGAUAUUCCGAACAAUCAAAAUGGCUUCUGACAAAGAAUAAGCAGCUGAUGGAGAUCCGGAAUGAAGCCUCCAAUUCCAGAAAGUACGGAGAGUUGAAGUCAGUUCUGAAGGGACUUAAGGAAGAGGCUAGCUGCGAGGAAGCAAACAUUUUGUGGUUGAGAUCCAGACUGGCUGCACUCAGGGUCGUUUCUUCAGAGAGCGAAGCCCAACGACAAGAUGAGGAGCUGUCCAAACUCACAGCUGGAUUCAACAGGCUCCUGACCCAAGUGGACGAGUGCAAUAAGCUGUUGUCCAGUGUGGGCGAAUGCAUCCAGCACACAGACGAGAUCAAGAGCAUCUUGAAACAGCUCACUGACUCCCAGCAGCAACUGCAGGCAGAAGGGGAGCGGCUGAUGGAUUCCAAGGAUCUUCAAGAAGCCAGGGAUCUCCACCUGCAUUACCAGCAACAAGCGAAACGGCUUGCGGCGAGGAGGCGGGAGGCCCAGCAGCUCCUGGCCCGCGGGAGGGAGUUACAUGCGGCUGCUGAGCUCUCUACGUCCUCCCGAGGGGAGCUGCAGAGCCAGGAGGUGGCCCUCCAGGAGACCGAGAGAGCGGCAGAUGAACAGCAGAGAGAGCUAGAGGAGACGCUAAACCAAUGGCAGCGUUUCGAAGACGAGAAGGCGGAGCUGACGGAAUUCCUGAGCCGAGCCGGAAUGGGCACGGAUCACUCGUUCAGCAGCCUGGAGAGCCUCAGCUCAGAGCUGGAGCAAGCCAAGGCCUUUUGCAGAGACAGUGAAGAUAAGGCAGCUCAGGCUGCGGGUCUCUUACAGACAUUGGAAAACCUGAAAGUGGGUCCCAACAGUAAACAGUCCCUGCAGCAACAGUCCAGAAUGCUGAGAGACAAGACUGGAAACGUCCAGGCAAACCUGCAAAGCCAGUACGUGAUCUGUGAAACAUCUGGAAGAGAUCAGGGCUCUGUGGGCGAGCUUAUCAGCGAGCUUCGAGUCACUGGGCCACUGGAUGGUGGGAAAACAGAAGGAGCUGAAAGAGGUGGAGGACUGGUCCAGCCCAUUGGAGGAAAAGCUUUCCAAAAUUAA